ACUCCGACACUAUCAGAUCAAAUCAAACCCCUCUAAACCCUCAAAGGCAAAAAUCCAAAACCCUAAUUACCCGCCCCGCACCCAUUCUCCUUCUUCCUCUUCUCUCCGAAAUGGUUUCUGCAGCCUCUCCAAGAAUACCCACCGAGACGGUGAAGAACGCCGUGGAGGCUCUCCUGAAGUGGCGAGAUUCCAAUUCCGAGUCUCACAAACCCAAACUCUUCGACGCCGACGAAGAAUUCGUUUACUUAGUCGUCACUCUGAAAACCAUCCCUCACAAAUCCCGCGUUAACUCUUACAAGGUCCCUUUACCCCACUCUCUCCUCUCUCCCUUCAACGAAACUUGCCUCAUCAUCGACGACAGGUCCAAAUCCAAACUCACUAAACAAGAAGCUCAAAAGAAGAUCAAGGCCGAUAACGUCGCCGUUUCCAAGGUCCUCAGGUUGUCGAAGCUGGCCUCCGAUUACCGCCCUUUUGAGGCGAAGCGGAAGCUCUGUGAUUCAUAUGAUCUUUUUUUCGCUGAUAAGAGAGUGGUGCCUUUGAUGCCCAGGCUGUUGGGGAAGAAAUUCUUUAAGAAGAAGAAGGUGCCGGUGCAGGUGGACUUGAUUAAGAAGAAUUGGAAGGAGCAGGUGGAUAAGGCGUGUUCGUCGGCGCUUCUGUUUCUUGGAACGGGGACUUGUUGUGUUGUGAAGGUUGCCAAGGUUUCCAUGGAGAGCGAGCAGAUUGUUGAGAAUAUGAUGGCUGCCAUUGAGGGGGUUGUUGAGGUUGUGCCGAAGAAGUGGGCGAAUGUGAGGUCCUUGCAUGUUAAGCUUUACGAGUCGCUGGCGCUGCCUGUUUUCCAGGCUGUUCCGGAGGUGAAGUUGAGGAUUGAGGGAAGUAAGGUUGAGGAGGCGGAGAAAGAGAAGCAGACGAUGGAGGAGGAGGAGGAGGAAGAGGGCGAAGACCAUAGUGGCGCGAAGCGGUGAAGAAGAAGAAGAAGAAGGGGAGGAUUCAUGAAGUUAGAUACAUGGAUAGCGAAGUUGGUGAGGAUAAUGUUGAAGAUGUGGCAGGUAGUGAGGAUGAUGGUGGUGGUGUUGUUAUGGAGGAAGAUUUAAAGGAUGCUGGAAAAGGUAGUGGAGAAUUGGCGAAUAAGAAGAGGAAGAAAGGGGCAUUGAGUGAGUUGAGCAGUGUCAAAGAAUUGAAAAAAUCUGUUAAGAGAAGAGGUAAACAGGAUAAAUCUGCGAAAGUGAUGAAGGAAAAUUCCAUCAAGAAGAGUCAGAAUAGUGAAUUAUCUGUUGAGGAUGGAGAUUCAGGAAAGAAGGGGAAGAAUACCAAGAAGAAACUAUCUCUAUUGAAGUCAGAAGAAGCUGAUUUGAAAAGAAAGUGAGGGCCAAGAAAAGUAAGAAGGCUGCUUAAGGUUAUUGUUAGGAUUUACUGUUAGAUUUCACUGCUUGAUUUAACUCUUGGUGGCUGCCAUGUGUUGUUUUCAUUUGUUGAGUCCUCUGGCAGAUUUUGUAUCAAGCAAAAUUUGUUUUGUUAUUCUUUUUGCGUUCUGUUUUGAUCAUUUUAUAACUUGCUAUUGCUACUACCCAAUAUUCCUAUAAUUGAGCUUUAGAUUGAUUUGUGAGAAGGAGAAUCAAAAUAUUGUUUUCUCAGUUCAGAAAACUCUUUUAAGUUGUUUAGAUUUCAUAUUGUCAGAUAACUCCAUAGAAAUUAUGAGACGAAUGGUCCCUUACUUUAAAGUAAAAGGCUUAUCAAAGUUUAGCUUGAAAUUCUACUACCUCCUAUUUUGCCUAAGUAUAUCUCUGAAAUUAUUGUCUUCGAUAUCUUGCAUAUUGGCUUCUAGUUUUCAUUUCUUGAGCUCCAAGAAUAUUGGAAAAUGGAAAAUCUAUUACUCUUGCUGACUUCUUUUUACAGAUUGAGAGGAUUAAAGAAGCUUAUGAUACUCUUGAAUUUAUCAUAGGACUUGGGAUAUAUUUGUUUUCCUACUUGACUCUAUUAUUAUUUUUACCUUCAAACAUCUCUUACCCUUCUUUCUGGUUUCUGAUGGUGUUGGGUUUUCUUGUCAAAUUAGCAUAUGUGAUUGUGGAAAAUAUGUAAACAUGUGAGGGCUAAAUUGUUCUUGUUGGAUUAUAUUAUAAACACAUUAUUUCAUAGUUGUUUGUGGGUUUAAGGCCUCAAUAAUUGAUUCUUUUCAUUGCAGUUUGGAUUUAGUAGAAAGACUUUGCAGACUAUUUCAAGCUCAUAAUUUAGAUCUAUUUGUGAAACCAUGCUAAACUGAUGACUGUUAAUUAUCCAUGUUCUGGCAUGGCAAUUGGCACCUUGUUAAAAUAGCUCAUAAUUUGUAAAUCACAAGUGGCAAAACAGUCUAAAACGAUAAUCAUGUGAAAUCAUUGAUGUCUGUAUUGUUAGUAUUCAUUUGUGUCAUAGUGCUUGGCUCCUUGCUUACAUUACCCUUGGCAUUAGCUUCAGGAUGGAGUUGAUACGGAUGCAAGUGUGUUGCAAAAGAAAUAUCCUGUAAAUUCACCAAAAGAAGUCACAAAGCACACAUGUCUAAUUUGCAAGAGUGGUGGACAGCUACUAGGAAAUUGCCUUCUCCAGGAUUCCUGGUUCAGGUUGUGCUGGUUGAUUAUAAUGGUAAUGUUGUGGCUUCCGAACCCAAGGCUACUGGAAAAAGAUCAGAUGAGAGUUCAAGUAAUAGUGCCACCGCAGUUGAAGCAAGCAUACCUGUGCAGAAUUGUUGUUAUCUGAUUGUAGGGGUCUAACUGAGUUGCCUGAGGAAAUGUGCUUAUGUGCAAGUGAGUUUAUGUGCUUUUGUAUUUUUACUUCAUUUGAAAUAACAAAGAAUUUAUAUAUUACAAGGUACCUACAAGCACUGUAAAGUGUAAACAAGUGAGUCUCCAACUUGUAGUAGUCUGAAAUCGUUAGUGAGAAGAGGAGGAGAUGCAUAUGACUUUAGCCA